GAGGGAAGAGGAAAGGAGGCAGGAGGCGGGGCCCAACUGGAGCUGGAGUCAAAGCCGGCGGUUGCAUCGGAGUCGGUGAUGUCGGUGCAGGUCGUGUCAGCUGCGGCUGCCGGGAAAGUACCAAAAGUGGACCUGAAGGACCUGAGCCCCUCCGAGGCGGAGCCGCAACGAAGACUGAGCACAGCGGCUGUGAGCUCCAUGGCUCCUCCGGCGGGUGGCGGGGACCCCGAAGCUCCAGCUCCCACCGCGGAGCGGCCCCCAGCCCCUGGCCCGGGCUCGGGGCCCGCCGCCGCCGCCGCUGCUGCUGCUUUCAGCCCUGCUGCCGGGAAGGUGCCUCAGGCGUCGGCCAUGAAGCGGAGCGACCCCCAUCACCAGCACCAGCGGCACCGCGACGGCGGCGAGGCCCUGCUCAGCCCCGACGGCUCCGUAACCGAGGCGCCGCGCACAGUCAAGAAGCAGAUCCAGUUUGCUGACCAGAAGCAAGAAUUCAACAAACGCCCCUCCAAAAUUGGACGUCGCUCUCUGUCUCGUUCCAUUUCUCAGUCAUCUACUGACAGCUACAGCUCAGCGGCUUCAUAUACAGAUAGCUCUGAUGAUGAGACAUCUCCCAGGGACAAGCAGCAAAAGAACUCUAAGGGAAGCAGUGACUUCUGUGUCAAGAACAUCAAACAGGCAGAGUUUGGACGAAGAGAAAUUGAAAUUGCUGAACAAGAAAUGCCGGCACUGAUGGCUUUGAGGAAGAGAGCUCAAGGAGAAAAACCUUUGGCUGGAGCCAAAAUUGUGGGCUGCACACACAUUACUGCUCAGACUGCGGUGCUUAUGGAAACUCUGGGUGCCCUGGGUGCACAGUGCCGAUGGGCCGCCUGCAACAUCUAUUCCACUCUCAAUGAAGUGGCUGCUGCUUUAGCAGAAAGUGGAUUUCCUGUCUUUGCCUGGAAAGGAGAGUCAGAAGAUGACUUUUGGUGGUGUAUUGACAGAUGUGUGAAUGUGGAGGGCUGGCAGCCCAACAUGAUCUUAGAUGAUGGAGGGGAUCUCACUCACUGGAUUUAUAAGAAGUAUCCCAACAUGUUUAAGAAAAUCAAGGGCAUAGUAGAGGAGAGUGUAACUGGAGUCCACAGGCUGUACCAGCUAUCCAAAGCAGGGAAGCUGUGUGUUCCAGCCAUGAACGUCAAUGACUCAGUCACCAAACAGAAAUUUGACAACCUCUACUGUUGCCGUGAAUCAAUUCUUGAUGGACUGAAAAGGACAACAGACAUGAUGUUUGGUGGAAAGCAGGUGGUGGUCUGUGGCUAUGGAGAGGUGGGGAAGGGGUGCUGUGCUGCCUUAAAAGCCAUGGGCUCCAUUGUGUAUGUGACUGAGAUCGACCCCAUCUGUGCUCUUCAAGCCUGUAUGGAUGGAUUUCGACUGGUGAAAUUGAAUGAGGUCAUCCGACAAGUGGAUAUUGUUAUUACCUGUACAGGUAACAAGAAUGUAGUAACCAGAGAGCACUUGGACCGCAUGAAGAAUAGCUGCAUUGUUUGUAACAUGGGACAUUCCAACACGGAGAUUGACGUGGCGAGUCUGCGGACACCGGAACUGACCUGGGAGCGAGUGAGAUCCCAAGUUGACCACGUGAUAUGGCCUGAUGGCAAGAGGAUAGUACUGCUGGCAGAGGGCCGUCUGCUGAACCUAAGCUGCUCCACAGUGCCUACAUUUGUGCUCUCAAUUACCGCUACUACUCAGGCUCUCGCCUUGAUAGAGCUUUACAAUGCUCCGGAGGGUCGCUAUAAGCAAGAUGUCUACCUGUUGCCCAAGAAAAUGGAUGAGUAUGUGGCCAGCCUGCACCUGCCCACCUUUGAUGCCCACCUGACAGAGCUGACAGAUGAGCAGGCCAAGUACCUGGGACUCAACAAGAAUGGGCCCUUCAAACCUAAUUACUACAGGUAUUAAGUUCCUGUAACUCAAGCCAGAAGAAGUUUUAAGGAAUAGAACUCCAAGCCUUUUCUCCACUCCUAUACAGAAAAGAACCCAGCAAGCUGCUUCUCCAGUCAGCUACCCGCCGUGCUCACCCUAUAUAUUAGGUUAUUUAUUUAUUAAAAUCUAGAAUCCUGUGCCUGUCGCUUUGGCCCAGAGUGGUUACUGCCCCGAGGGCUGUGAGGGCAGCAGAGGACAGACUGAGGAAGGAAAGAAGUGGGGUGACCAUUCCCAGUGCACCUUUUGCGUUACUCCCCACCGAAGCCUUAGCAGCGGUCAUUUUCCUCCCAGCCAGGCGCAGGAGUUAGUCCAGGGGUUCCAGACUCCUUGUUUCCUGGGGUUUUCUGGAAUAAAUGUUCAACAGCUGCCUUUCUUAGCUUUGGUGAGUCCCCAGGUAAGGCUUUUGGAAGCCACUGAAUUAACAUGGCCUGGGUGCCCAGCCUCGGCCAUCACUGUCACUGCCUCCUUUAUAAAAUGGUUGGAAGGAAGGAGUGUCCCGGCUCUGGCGAGUUACACCACGAACUCAGCUGUGCCUGUGCUUACUGGGAGGCCCCCUGGCCCAGGACUACUUUCUCCUCCUUGAAUAUUGAUGUCCAUUUUAACGCUUUCUGGUUCGAAGAGGAAUGUGCCUCCAUUAUUUCCUCAGCAGCUCUGUUAUCUGUCAGACAUUUUUUUUUUUUUUGCUGUCUUUCUAACCCAACUAACCUCUGCUCAGAAAGGGAGGUGGCAGCCCAGUUUUACUUCCUUGUCAUUUCACUAGAGAGCCCCCAGGAAUCCCCUCCAAAUUGACACUGUCUCCGAAAAGAAGGUCUCGUUGUGAAACAUUGCUUCCCGAAACCCUCUUACUGCCUAAAACUAUUCCUGAACCUGAUCAGGCAAAGGUAUACUUUCCAAGGGACCUGGGGUGUAGGGUUUUGGAAAAGGGACAGGUUUUCCAGGCAUACAGAUUGGUACCCUAAAGAAGCAAAAUGUAUUUAUUUGUCUUCUGGGCAGGGUUUAGCGGCUUAACUGGCUAAGCUGUACAGAGAUGACACUAUAAACUGGGUCCAGAGGAUCCAAGCUAGUUUGACUAGGUUGAACUUCAUCAGACGUUCAGCCAUUGAUGAAACUGAAAUCCAAUGUCUCUGCAAUUUGGUCUGUGGUAUUUCUCCUCUGUUGGGAUAUCUUUUUAUGUUCUGGCCUUUUCCAUCAUAGGAGUCUGUAUUUCAGAGGUCAUUUCUUGAGUAACUCCAGCAUUACAAACAAUUAGUAACGUGAGCAGCCUGAAAUUUUAUGUCCCACCUAAGAGUUUGAUUCCUUUUGGAAACUGACCUGUUGGUCUUAGGGUUCCGCUGGAACCAGAUAGGUGCUAAGAGUUAAAGUCUAGAGUGGCUCUACGAAUCUUGAAUGAAAUGAGUCUCUUUACCCGCCCCCCCCGCCAACCCUAAUUACACUCUCAGGUUUGUUUUUCCAUUUUCCCCCCUAUCAUGGUCUGCCUCAAAGUCUCAGGACCAAGGUGACUCAAGAAAACACCAGACCACCCGGGAUCACUAUAACCUUCCCACUCGAACUUUCCUCCCCAACCUCCACCUUCUCCAACUUACUUGGUCUUCACAUACAUCCUUGGAGCUAGUCUGGAAUUGAUCUUCCGUUUGGAGGUAUGGAGGUGGACCUUGGGUAAAUGACUGUUUGCCUAAUUAAAUACUAUAUAGGCUCAGCCCAUAUAAUCUGGUUCAUCAGAGGCUAUAUGUCUUAGCAAGUACAGGAAAUAAGGCCACGUACAUGGCUAUAUUCUUUCAUACAGAUCGUAUGUAAAUGCUAAAAAUUCCACUAAGCCAUUUAAUUUUUUUAUUUGCCCACCCAGUCCUGAUUUUCAUAUUAAUUGGACCCCUUUUGUAAAAGAUUGAAUUCUUUUGUACCUUAUAUCCAGAUAAUAUUCCAUUGAGCAGAUGUCUGGACUCUAGCCUAUUAUGUUCUUAGGCCAAAAAUCAUAACCUGCUGUUUCUCAGCAAAGCCUGGCCCUCUGUAGAGCUUACUGUGCGCUGAUCCUGACAGAGCACACCCUGCCUUGCUAUAGUGAAGACACCUAUUCCAAAUGAAAAAGGAGCCACACUGGGCUUCUAGGUUAGGCUGCCAGUGUUGCUGCCCGUGCUUAGUGAGGUAUUUGCCUGAGUUUCAGAUGACUUCUCUUCCUUUCUCUCUGGGGAUCCUGUGUCAAUCAACCAUUAAGAAGGAGACUCAGGUUUCCUGAGAAUUUGGGCUCUACCUUAGUGUUGGAAUUUGGUCAUUAUUCCCUCUACCUUGCAAUCAGAGCAAAUGUGUCUUCUUCCCUCAAGCUCCCACCUUAGAUGCAUCCUAGGUAUGUGGAAGCAUGGGAAGGAAGGCUAACCAUCUCUGUAGGUGGCCUUGGCCUGUGGGGAUACUUACCAUUUUCCCUGUGAUGAAUUUGUGCUAGUUUUCAAGAUCUUUUUGCCUUCUUAAUGUAAAUAUUGUUUUCUUUUUCUCAAAAAAAAAAAAUAUCUGGUCUACCUUCUCUCUCCCCUCCUUCUCCCUCCCUCCUCAUCCUGUCCUUUCAUGUGAGCACGGCUCCCCGUGGCCACGUGCUCCUGCAAAGCUUUUUUGCUGCUUGGCUUUUCUCCGAACAGAUCUGAAAUCACUGCUCCUGUGGUUUUCUCAAAAUUAACUUUGUCAUGGUUUUAAAAGAAAUCAGAAUGCAUUGUUGCAUUAGGCUCUUUUUAAUAAAGGAAAAUCAUGGAAAGAAAAUAGGCAACACCAGCAAAUUAUACGUGGACAAGUUCUAAACUAUAUAUACAUACAUAUAUAUAUAAAUAAUCAUCUAGUCCUCAUUGUCAUCUUACUGAAAGGAAAUAAAACCUCUAAGGAUCACCAUUACUGAGAGGCUCUUGGAAAUCUUAAUGUCUCCUAAGUGAUUGUAUUAGAUCAGCAAUAAUGAACAUGUAAUCUCAAAAGAUAAAUAAAAUAUUCUUAAAGUGGA